AUGAUCACCCCGCCUGAUGAGCCUUCAACUUCAGCCACGCCACUCGCUGUCAAGAAACGACUAGGCACAGUUGGAGGAACCCCUCAAAGCGCCGAUCCUCUGAAGAAACCUUUCAGGAUUACCCUGAGCGACGACAAGGAGAAUACUCCCGUUCGACUCCGACCUACUCCUACUCAAUCCAACGGUCGCCUCUAUGGCAGCACUCCUCAAUCCGGCGAUAAGCUCAUCCGACCAUUCAAGUGUCCUGGCUCUGCAACCAUUAGCAGAACAUCGGAUAAGCCGGCGCGGAAGAGGAGGAAGGUGGAUUACGCGGGGGCUGAUGGCGAUAAGGAUGAUGGGGACAAGCCUUGGACGAACGAGGAGCGUCUAGCUCUUGCGAACAGAGAUGCCAACAGAUUCCCGGUCUUUCAGGUGAAGGAUAAGGAAACAAUGUUCCGAAAAAGAUUUGCGGUGCCUUUGGUUAACAAGGACUCGACUGCUUAUAAUCCAAAUCGGCCAGCACCAACUCUCGGAUUGAGGCAGGGAGCUGUCUUUAUGGCGAAGCCAUUGCACGAUCCAGGUGGAGAAUUCGCUAUAGUCCUUUACGAUCCCACGAUUGAUGACAAACCAAAAACCAUUGAAGAGGCAAAGAAAGCCGAGGAUGGCGCAGCACCCAAAAUAGAUGCGCCGUUGGUACAUAAAAGUCUAGCUGAAAUAUUAGGGAUCAAGAAGGUGGUGGAGGGCGAACGGCCCAGAGUUCCUGUGGUCAUCGAUCCUAAGCUUGCCAAAGUCUUGCGGCCGCAUCAAAUUGAGGGUGUCAAAUUCAUGUAUAAAUGUGUGACAGGAAUGAUUGAGGAAAAAGCCAAUGGCUGUAUCAUGGCAGAUGAGAUGGGUUUAGGAAAGACGCUGCAGUGCAUCACAUUGAUGUGGACUCUGUUAAAGCAAUCUCCUGAAGCGGGAAAGAGUACGAUCCAGAAGGCUAUUAUUGCCUGCCCUUCGAGUCUAGUCAGGAACUGGGCAAAUGAGUUGGUCAAAUGGCUGGGGCCGGAUGCCAUUCAGCCAUUUGCAAUAGAUGGGAAAGCGACGAAGGAAGAGCUUACGCAGCAGUUACGGCAGUGGGCUAUUGCAAGUGGCCGGGCAGUCACAAGGCCAGUCAUUAUUGUUUCCUACGAGACAUUGCGAUUGAAUGUGGAUGAGCUGAAAAAUACUAAGAUUGGUCUUAUGCUGUGCGAUGAGGGUCAUCGAUUGAAAAAUGGAGAUAGCCAAACGUUUACAGCCUUGAACAACCUCAAUGUAUCAAGAAGGGUAAUCCUAUCAGGCACGCCUAUCCAGAACGAUCUUUCCGAGUAUUUCUCGCUCAUCAGUUUUGCCAAUCCUGGUCUGCUUGGGACCCGCCUGGAAUUCCGCAAACAGUACGAGCUACCAAUCUUAAAGGGGCGUGAUGCUGCCGGGAGCGACAAGGACCGCGCCAAGGGAGAUGAACGUCUUCGGGAGCUUUUGGACAUUGUCAACAAAUUCAUUAUUAGACGGACGAACGAUAUCCUUUCGAAGUAUUUGCCCGUCAAAUACGAGCAUGUUGUCUUUUGCAACCUUGCACCGUUUCAGCUCGACUUAUAUAACCACUUCAUCAGUAGUCCCGAUAUCAAAGCUUUGCUUCGUGGUAAAGGAAGUCAGCCUCUUAAGGCUAUCGGCAUGCUUAAAAAGCUUUGCAACCAUCCAGAUCUACUGAAUCUUCCAGAUGAUCUACCGGGAUGUGAGAAAUACUGGCCAGAUGAUUACGUCCAGAAGGAUGCCCGCGGUAGAGAUCGAGAUAUCAAGCCAUGGUAUUCAGGCAAGAUGCAAGUACUUGACCGAAUGCUUGCGCGAAUUCGCCAGGACUCGAAUGAUAAGAUCGUCCUCAUUAGCAAUUAUACCCAAACCCUCGACAUGUUUGACAAGCUCUGUCGCAACCGCGGAUAUGGCAGUCUCCGACUGGAUGGUACGAUGAAUGUUAAUAAGCGGCAGAAGCUGGUGGAUAGAUUCAAUGACCCAGACGGCAGCGAGUUCGUCUUCCUUCUCAGCAGCAAGGCCGGAGGAUGUGGGCUGAAUCUUAUCGGAGCCAACCGACUCAUCCUCUUCGACCCAGAUUGGAACCCUGCUGCAGACCAGCAGGCACUGGCGAGAGUAUGGCGCGAUGGCCAAAAGAAAGAUUGCUUCGUAUACCGAUUCAUCGCUACCGGCACAAUUGAAGAGAAAAUAUUCCAGCGACAAUCUCACAAGCAAUCACUCUCUUCGUGUGUGGUGGAUUCCGCCGAAGACGUAGAGCGGCAUUUCACUCUCGAUAGUCUGCGGGAGCUGUUCCAGUACCAUGGCAAGACGACGAGUGAUACACACGAUACAUUCAAAUGCAAGCGUUGCAAGCCCGAUGGGAAACAGUAUAUCAAGGCACCUGCUAUGAUGUAUGGGGACACAAGCACGUGGAAUCAUUUCGUGAACGGGGGGAUGAAGACGAUUCAGGACUUGCUUCUACGACAAGAGGUCAGCGAGAAUGACGUCUCCGCUGUAUUUCAGUAUAUUUCCCAUUAG